AUGAAUGCUCUGGAUGAGUUGAACCUUCGGCUUGGCAUCGGGCCAACGCGACCGCAUCUUCCCAUCACACUGCAGCGGUCUGGAUACAGCGCUGUGCGGAAACUUGGCAAAGGCAGUUUUGGCAAUGCGUAUCUUGUUUAUCACGCCGGUCGCAAGCAGCAGUAUGUCGUGAAGCAUGUAAACAUGGCAAGCAUGACCGCACGGCAGCGCAGGGAUGCCCACCAGGAGAUUGUGGUGCUGCAGCAACUGGAGUACCCGAACAUAAUCCGUUACGUGGAGUUCUGCGAGGAGCACCCGCAUCUUUACAUUGUGAUGGAAUACGCUGACGGAGGAGAUGUUUACACGCACCUCAAAAAUCUCAAAAGCAGCGUUUGGGCUCUCGGCGGUGGCAGUGGUGGAGUUGGAGACGGUGUCAGCAGUACCGGCGGCCUUACGGAGGAGCAGGUGAUAAGCCUCUUUGUGCAGACAACGAUGGCAGUCAAAUACAUGCAUGACCGGCGUUUACUGCACCGGGACAUUAAAUCACAAAACGUCUUUUUGACGCAAAACCACGUUGUGAAGUUGGGGGACUUUGGCAUCAGCACCGUAUUAAUGAGUACCGUUGCGAUGGCACAGACAAUGUGCGGCACGCCGUGCUACUUCUCCCCGGAACUCUGUCAGGGCAAACCGUACAACAACAAAUCCGACGUCUGGGCACUUGGGGUGCUGCUGUACGAACUUUGCACGACCGGCCGACUACCGUUCGAGGCCACAACGAUGAAUCGACUGAUGGGUGAGAUUUGCAAAAAAGAACCACGUCGUAUCCCUUCCAGAUUCUCCGAUGAGCUCUGGAAUCUCAUCCUGUGGAUGCUUAAAAAAGACCCGCGGCAACGCCCCGAUGCGGGGCAGAUCCUUCGUUCCCCCGUGCUACUAAGAUAUAUCCCGAAUAUUAUCAAGAAGCUCAGUGCCACCGACGGACACCCUGAGGAUGAAUUUAGACGUGUGCUUACAGGAGAUGCAACGCCACCAACGCCGAUACGUCCCGCCAUGGACCUGCAGCUGAAACAACUCGGAAAGGAGACGGCUAGGGACGGGCCGGCACCUUCUACGGGUGCCAUCCCAGUUGCCUCGGCUGCUGCUGCUGCUGCUGCUGCUGCUGCCGCAGCUGCUGGGCGCCAGGGCUUUGCACAGAAACGCCACGAUCAGUACCCAUUCAAGCGUGUUAAUGAUGACAAUGCGAUUAAAGACCGUGUCGGUGGCAUAUUAGGUAUGUUGGCACAGCAGCGGCAGCAAAUACAGAAAAUGAAGGAAGAGGAGGAGGCGAUGAAGAGGGCGCCGCCUGCGAACCAGCCGCCCCUUGCUGAGCCCUUGAAUUACGUCCCUGUCUUACUGCAGAGGAACCAAAAGCUCACCAAAAAUGGGGAAAAAGUAGAUGUCAAUAGCAAAUUCAACAAGAACGACAACUGUAACAGGAACGAUAAUGACGCGGGCGGCAAUACUCCUAAGAAGGAGAAGAAUAUCUUUGCACGAACCCCUCUUCGUCCUCCGAAGAACGUGGACGGCGGAAACCUAAAGAGGGAGAAUGGCGUCCCACACGUCGACGCCAGCAAGGAGCAGGAGCAGCGGAAGAAAGCGAUCAAUCAUCUGCCCCUGCAGGAUCUUUUUCUCCUUUAUGAUGAAAGCAAAAAACGCAUUCUUAAUGAAAAGGAGCAGCGACUUGGCCCGGCCCGGCAACCGAUGAAUUACCAACCCGCUGUUGCGGCUCCUGCCCGAAUGCGGCCUGCCGUUGUCGAACUCCAGGUGGGGGGUGAGACGAAAAAACGGCCACUCUCACCUGUGCUGCCGAAUCAUCCAAUUCACGGUAGCACCAAGGCAUUUCCGUAUGGAACUCCUUCAAUGGCAGAGGAGAAAUCCAUUCCGAUCCCUCCCAUUGCUCUCCCGACUGGGGCAAAGUCUUCAGCGUUGACGAGUUUGGAGAUGUUGGACCAUGAUAAAAAUACAAAGGACGAUGGUAAUCGCGCUAGUGGGAAAAUUCCUGCCAAAAAUGAACCCACAGGCGAUCUUGCACUUGUUUUGAAGGAAAUGACAAAUCAUCUUGAGUCUAUGCGUAGCAGUGCGGCUCGAGCAGAGAGCAAUACUGAAGCUGAAGGUCCAAAAGGGACACCGGGCACGAAUUCUUUAUCUGCUGUCUCGGCUUUCUUUGGGGUGGAUGCCGUCGGAAACUCUCCUUUUCCCGCAUCGGAAAUGAAUGUUGACCAAGUUGGAGAGGAGUUUUCAGACGCAAUGGGGACGACGCUUAACGUCCAAGAAUUACAGCGGCAGCGGAGCGCUUCCUCCUUUUCCCAUGAAGAGGUCAAUGACGGUGCGGCAGGUGAGUUUCUCCCGCUGUGCAUUUCGCGUUACAACGGGGUAUGGAGUUCUCGUGGUAGCCGGGUGGCGCCAGCAGGAAUGACGGCUACUCCGGGUACAGCCAAAGAGACAAGUGAGGGAAGGGAAACACAGCCGUUUAAUGAUAUCCAACCAUCGAAACCGGGGAUAUCAUUUCCCGCCCUUAAUACGGGUCCUAAUGCCGUCUCGCCGCAGUUGGUGGAAGCAGUGGCAGCGGCGCAGGAGAACGAAGGGGGUGGUGGAGCCUCAUUAUUUACUGGUGGAUGUCUUUGCGACGGCGUUCACUUCACCGGCCUGGCCUCCGCUAUCUUUGGGAGUUUUGUAUGCAACUGUUUUGUAUGCUCAAGGUGCUCUGGGGCGUUGAUGGGGGUGGAGUGGCUGCAUCUACCGGAUGUGCCAUUUGAGGACCUUUUCGCGGAUGGAUUCCCAUCGGAAGCAGCAUCUCCGUCUACGCUUCCUAAAAUGCCCAUAGCGAGCCCAGUGGAUGAGACUUCUGCGGGGUCCGGCGUGUCUGCUGAACAAUCAGCCUUAAAGGCUGACCCAUCAUCCGCUCUGAGGGACGGCGCGAGGAAAGCUAGCAAUGCGGAAAUUGUUGAAGAAGAAGAAGAACGAAGGGACAAGGAAGAAUUUGUGAGACUCCCAGAACUGCUAAAAAAGUUUGUUGUACAGGUACCAGUCGUAAAUGAGGAUGGAGUCGAAACGCUGGGGGAGUACACGGUGUACUUCUGUGGCCGCUGCGGCUCCACCGUUGGAAUGAAUCAUGAUGAUGUUGCUGGUGGCCUUGUUGCCAAGGCGAUGCUCUCAGAAGCAAGUUUGGGCAUGCUGGAGUUAUUCCAAAAGACAAUGCCGCUCCAUAAUAGUGAGGCACUUACCCCAAGAAAAAUUAGGUGA